GUAGCAUAUUUGCUUCCGCCCAUUUUCGUCUCUGUUCAGCCAACCACGAUGUCCUACGCAGAAGAGCGAGAACAGAACAUUGCACGCAACAGAGCUAUCCUUGCCGACUUGGGAAUCAAUCCCCUCAGACCCAAAUGCGAGCCGAGAGAGAACUUAAGGAAAAAAGUGGCGGCCAAGAAACGGAAGUCACCCUUGCCCGAAAGCGACGAGCUUGAGCCGCCCAAGAAAGCUUCUCGUAUAGCAGAUGACAGUAAUGAACAAGGGGGCACGCGAAGAAGCUCUCGUCUUGCUGGUAAGACAGUCGACUACAAGCAGGAACAAGAUCGCGGGGUCCCGGAACCGAUGACAUUCAAACGGUCCCAAAAGCUCAAAGUUGGUCAGGUGAAAUCAAAGAGGACAUAUGAUCCUCAUAUGUACGGUCACAUACCCGACGUAGAAGUGGGGACGUGGUGGGCAACGAGGGAAGAUUGUUCAAACGCAUCUGUCCACGGCCCUUGGGUCUCGGGUAUUGCACCAGGUCCAAAUGGUGCAUACUCAAUCGCACUUUCAGGAGGAUAUGAUGAUGAUGUAGACGAUGGAUACGCAUUUACAUUCACCGGCUCUGGCGGCAGGGACUUGAAGGGAACAAAGACAGCACCCAAGAAUCUUCGAACGGCUCCCCAAAGCAGUGAUCAGAGCUUCGAGGAUAGAAACAACGCAGCCCUCCAGAGAUCUGUUGACACUCAAAAACCUGUCCGUGUGAUCCGGGGCUUCAAAGGGAAGGCCAGGUCGAAGUACGCACCGUCAGAGGGGUAUCGCUAUGAUGGCCUAUACCUUGUCAAAAAAGCGUGGAUUGAAAAAGGGCUCAAUAAAGGGAGUUUCCUCGUGUGUAAGUUUGCGUUCGUGCGAAUGCCAGAACAAGAAGCUAUCCCUGUGAACGACGGUGGUGAUGAUGAAUCUGAUGAAUGAAUAUACCCCAACCAUCUAAUGACCUCUUCACAAGUAUAAUACUCACAUCUGAUGUAGAUAAACUAUAUUGUACUUACUGCCUGCAUUGUCUCGUCAACUCACCAAUGGCACACACAUCUUGCGUUACAGGCAUCUUCUGAUGUAAAAAGGCACCGCACGAAG